AUGCCGCCAGGUUUUCGCAGAUAUCACAUCAACUAUGAUAAUGCGUUGAUACCGAUAUCUUGAUCGUGUAUAUACGCCAGUCCAAUAUUGUCUCCAGGGAGAUCUCGUGUCAUACUUGCUACGUUUAUAUUAUAUUUACCAUGGAAGCCGAUGAGUUGGUAUUGUAUUUUGCUAUAGCAGGUGGGAUUACUGCUGGUGCUUUGCUAGUGCUGUUCAUUUUAGUGUGCGUACUGUUUGUCAAAGUGAAUCGAUUAUCAACAGACGGGUCCAAUCAACUGAAUAGACAAACAAGUAUGAUGGCAGACUUUUGUUACACGAAUCCCACGAUUGUACCAGGAGAAUUACUAUCACGUCGUGGAUUCUCGAUGUACAGCGGUUCCGAUAACUAUAACGAUGAUUAUGGAACAAAAAAAGAUCAUCAUUUUGGUACUUAUCACGAAGCACGAUCAAAAUUUUGACUAAAAUCAAUAAGUUUGAAUGACAGACUGUAUGCAUAACUUAUGUAAUUUUCAAUCAUAUACCAUACUAAAAGAUUGAUUAAUUUUGUAUAAUAAAUUAAAAUUACAUUAUUUAUCAGUUUAUAAGAUAUAAGACUUACAUAAAUUUUUAAUUUUCAUCUGCCAUAAAAAUUUAUUUAUAUACAUAGUUAUUUAUAUAUAAUAUGUUAAAAAACGAACAAAAUUAUAGAAAUAUAAAAAUAUAAUUAAUUAAUAUAUUUAUUAGAGUAAUAAAUUAAUAAAAUAUAAAUUUUAUUUAGAUAUACUUUAUCUACAGAUGGUAAUGUCUCGCAAAACAAAAAAUUAACUAUGUAGUACAUUCAGUUACCGAUAGAUUUCGCUAUGUGCAUUAGUCGCUCAGGGAAAUAAGUAUAAAAAAAAAAAGCUAUUGAAAAUCAGAAAAAUUGAAUAUAAUAAUUAAUUUGCACAACAUAAUUACAAUAAUUACUAAAAAUUGUUUCUAUUAUUUAUUUCUUUAAUGAUUUAUUUUUUAUUUCUAAUUAACAGUGAUUAAAUUCCAAAGAUAUUCUCUACAUAAAAUAACGUUUGUUUUGUUUGUAAUGUAUAUUAUUUAUAAUAAAUAUUAUUAUGUUUCUUAA